UUCAUUUAAGGUACGUGAAUCUUUUCAUCAUGGCACACCUUCAGCCUGUUCAGUGUGCUGAGUGCAGGAUGUUUAGUCAUUCUUCCUCCGUCACUAGCGAUAGCUCUAUUAGCUUUACUUGUGAUAAGUGCAGAUUAGUUAGCUCUCUGACGGAGAAGAUUUCAGUGCUAGAAGCGCGUGUCCAGGCUUUAGAGCAGGUUAGUGAGCGUGAGAACAGUGUAGUUUCUGUUAGGGAAAGUCUGGACGCCCUAGGUGGAGUUAGCAAUCCCCCAACUCCGGCAUUAGAGCCCUUACAGCGGGGCGAAUGGGUGACGGCUCGGCGGCAUAAGCGUAGAGCCAAAGCUACCGCUGAGGCUCGCCCACGGGAGCACCACUCCUCUCCGCGUCACGUGUCGAACAGGUUUGCUCUCCUUAGUGAUGCACCCACUGAGAAACCUGAAAGAGCUCUGGUUAUAGGGAACUCUAUCAUACGGCACGUGAAAUUAGCUCAGCCUUUAGGGGCACCAGCAGCUUUAGUCAGGUGUAUACCGGGAGCCAGGGCGCCGGACAUAGCAGGUAAUCUUAGGGUCCUAGGCAAGCACAGGUUCUCAAAGAUAGUUAUCCAUGCAGGAGCUAAUGAUAUACGCCUUCGUCAGUCUGAGGUUACUAAGAGUAACUUUGUAGAGGUGUUUAAAUUAGCGAAGGCGAUGUCCGAUGCUGUAGUAUGCUCUGGCCCCAUCCCAAUGCGGCGUGGCGAUGUAGCUUACAGCAGGUUAUGGUCGCUGAACUGCUGGCUGUCCAGGUGGUGCUCUGAAAACAGUGUGGGCUUUAUAGAUAAUUGGGCUAAUUUUGAGGGCACUGCUGGCCUGUUAGGGCGGGACGGUAUCCAUCCCACUCGGGAAGGUGCUGCUCUCAUUUCCUGCAGCAUAGGUCAUAGUCUCAGAACAGGCCUAGUUAAUUUCUGACA